GUUAUUCAAUAUUAUUCUUUUUAUGAUAACAAUCAUGCAAGGCCUUGCCCACUUAUCUACAGGAUUUUUCAACAAGUUUCCAAUAGCAGCAAGAGACCUGUCGACCAGGCGAAUUCAGGGCGCUCUGAGGAGAUUGCUGGUAGAGAACCCACCAUGCAUUCCAUCAGUUAGUUCUUUAUGUUGGGAAACAUGCUGGAUUCCAAGAUGCCUGGAGCCAAGAGUACAUUUUUAAGCUACAAUGAAGAUGCUAUGAAAGCUGCAGUUGAAGAUGUGCUCCUGCACAAAACAUCUAUCCGGACAGCUGCAAAGAAAUUUGGAGCUCCUAGAACAACAUUGAAGUAUAAAUUGGAGGGUAAAUCACCGAUGGAAAGAAGAAUGGGCCCACCUUCCAUUCUAUCAAAAGAAGAGGAGGCUAAAAUAAGCAGAUGGGUGGAGAACAUGGCAAAAGCUGGUUUUCCAAUCACUAUUGAACAGUUAUGCAUCAGUGUGGAGAGAUGCUUAAAAGCUGUGAAACGUGAUUCACCCUUCAAAGAUGGAAGACCGGGCAGAACAUGGGUCAAGAGUUUUCUUCGAAGAAAUCCUCUUAUUUCAAAAAGGGUCUCUCAAAAUUUGACUGUCUCACGGGCAGCAGUUACUAGGGAAAGCAUAAUCAACUGGUUUUCAGAAGUGGAGCUGUAUAUUAAUAGAAAGCAUGGUGAUGAAAAGCUUUUGGAAGACCCGUCUCGAAUAUUUGAGUCAGCUUUUUUUUUUAAAUCCAAAAGGCCCUAAAGUGCUUACCAGGAAAGGUGAUAAAACAGUUUAUCAGAAAGUUAAUGCUGAUGAGAAAGAGUGCAUCACAGUAUUGGUAACUGGUAGUGCAAGUGGUGUUGUAGCUCCAACAACCUGUUUGUUCAAAUACAAACGUAUUCCUCAAGAAAUUGCAGAUAAUUAUCCAAAGGAGUGGGGGCUAGGAAAAACUGAUUCAGGGUGGAUGACUUGUGAAGCAUUCUUUGAAUUCAUUGCUGAUAUUUUUCAUCCAUGGUUUGUGGAAAAACAAAUCACUUUACCAGUUAUCCUUUUCAUUGAUGGCCAUGCUUCACAUUUAUCUUUCCAGACAAGCAAAUUCUGUGAAGAAAAUGGGAUAAUUCUGGUGGCUUUGCUACCCAAUGCCACUCACAUUUUGCAGCCCAUGGAUGUUGCUGUUUUUAGAAGUCUCAAAGAAGGAUGGAAGAAUAAAGUACACAAGUGGAGGCUGGAAAACAUUAUUAAAGACGGUUCUCAUCUCUUGAAAAAGAAUGAUUUUGCAAAGCUAUUACAAGAAGUGAUAGAUGAGAACGUUACAGAAUCGAUGUUGUCCAAUGGAUUCAAGAAAUGUGGAUUGUACCCAUGGAAUCCUCAAAUAAUUGAGGUACCAGGCCAAGGAUCAUUCAAAGAGCAAGAUGAAAGUGACUCAACUGAGCUGAAAAUACAGUAUUUUAAGCAAGGAUUACGUUUCUUGAAUGACAUGAUAGGGAAAGAAAAGCUCUCUGUUUUUGAAGCAUCAACUGAAACAUGUUGUGGAGAUCCACUGGACACAUCUUUGUUCAAGUGCUGGAAAAAAACAAAAAUGGAACUGGAGAGACUUGAGCUGGAUGUUAGGAACAAUAUAAUUUCUGCCAACCUGUCACUGAAUGAUGAUGCUGUAGAGUCGCCUGCUGAUGGAAACAACGUUGAUGAAACCCCUCCAACAGAUAUUGAUGUAAUUUUUGAGUUGUCUGGAACUGAGCCAUGUGAUUUGGGGAACAACGUUUCUGCCAACAUAUCACUGAAUAAUGCUGCUGUGGAGUUUCCUGAUGAUGAAAACAACAUUAAUGAAGCAUGUUUAACAGAUAUAGAUGUAAUUUUUAAUUUGUCUGAAACUGAGCCUUUUGUUGUUGGGAGCAAUACUAACAUAUUACUAAAUAAAGAUGCUUCACAGUCUCCUGUUGAUGGAAGCAAUAUAAAUGAAGUUCUUUCGCCAAACCAGGAUGUAGUUUUAGAAUUGCUGCCAACAGAUUUACAUCCAGAACAGUCCACAGGGAAAGAAGAUAUGCAGGCAACAGAUGUAGGCCUAUCCACCAGCCCCCCCCCCCCCCUAACGGGCCAUCAAAACAAGGAAUACCAAGCCCAUUCAAAAGACACUUUUUCUACCCUGAAUCUGAGAACAAUAAGAGAAGAAGGGUCGGAAGAGAAAGAGUACCAACAAUAGUCUCAGGAAAACUUUGUCAACAAUAUUUUGAGAAUAAAAGGAAGAAGAGAGAAGAAUUUGAGCGAUUGAAGAUAGAGAGAGCCAACGAGAGAAAACGAAAGAAGGAAGAGAUUGAGAAGCAGAAACAGAAUAAACUUGAGUUUAAAAAGUUGAAAAGUAAGCAGAAGAAAAUUCUACCAAACACUGAUAGCUCUGAUUCAAGUGUUGAAUUUUCAUGUGAAGAAAGUGAGUUCUCAGAGCCCUCAGAUCAUGUGGACCCUGAUAAUCAUGCUUGGAAGCCUUUGCUGAAGAAUAUUGAUGAGCAUGUUAUUUUUGAGUAUGACAGUGAUUAUUAUCCUGGAAAAAUAAUUAAUUUCACUGAAGCUACAGCAAAAAUCUCAUCAAUGGUUAAGUGUGGUCGCCUAUGGAAAUGGCCAGAGAGGCCUGAUGUGCUAGAAUACCAGUGGAAGUGUGUUAAAUCUCACAUAGAUGAGCCCAAAAAAACCAGUAAAACUCGUAAUGUCUACUCUGUUCCAGAGUUGGAUUUCGUCUGGAAUUAAGUUGAAUUUUUUUUCAAAUUCAUAAUUUUUUCUCUUUUUUAAUGCUAAUUUUUUCAUAUUUUCAAUUUAUUCAAGAACAUUGAACAUUUCAAAGAGAACUCAUAUAAUAUACAAAAGUGUCAAAUACUUGUUUUUAGCCAUUUUUACCUUUUCAUUGGCUAUCGGUGUUCUGGUCAACUACUGGUGCAAAAGUGGUCAACUACUGAUUUAAAAAAAAUUUGCAUGGUCAACUACCGAACCAAAAACUCAAUAUUUUUGUAAGUGAUUUAAAGUGUUUAUGAUUGAUUAAAAUGAAAUUCUUAUAUACAU